AGCAGCAUUUACCUUCUCCCAUUUAAAUAUAUCAUAUCAUGUCCUAAGUUGGCUCAUUGAUCUUCCCAAAUCUCUGACAGCCAACGACCCAUCAAACACAAACACUAAAAAAGAGAGAAACUUCAAAACCCCUCCGGAAAGAAUGGACGACACCAUAAAUUUAAUUCGUCGAGGUUGCAGGCUGGCCAGAGAGCUUGAGAUCAACCUCCCCAACAUGGCCAACCAACCAAGCCUUCUCGCCAUCUCCUGUGAAGAGAUCAUCCAGGCCUUCGGCGUCAUUCGAGAACGGCUCGGGCGUAAUCCUCUAGAUGCUGGCUCGGGCGGGUACCGUGAGAUGCAAGAGCCACGCCAUUCCGAGGUUCAAGCCGGCAGUGGUAGUAAUAAUAUCGAGGAGUGGCUGAGGUUGCCAGGCUAUGCGCAGGCGGUGAGCAUUCUCCAGCAAUCACAGCACUGGGCAGGGACGAGCGGCUCAAGAAUGGGCAACAUAGAGCGGCGAGAGGUGAGACCAGAAGUCGAGGGUGCGGCAGCGACAGUGGUGGGUCAUUUUGUGGGAACUGGUGGUGGAGGGGAAGAGAUGCAGGCAAUGGAUGUGUCAUUAGGUCGUCGAAGAUCUGCUACCUCCUCCUCAGAAAGAACAAGAAGAAGAAAUAGUGACGCAGAGAAAUGGACGAUUAGGGUUCCGGCACCAAGAAUGGGCAACACGGAGCUUCCGCCAGAGGAUGGUUACACUUGGAGAAAGUAUGGUCAAAAGGAGAUUCUUGGGUCAAAGUUCCCGAGGGGCUACUACAGGUGUACACAUCAAAAGUUGUACCAUUGCUCCGCCAAGAAGCAAGUGCAGCGGCUCGACAGCGACCCAUUCACGUUCGAGGUCACGUACCGCGGCGACCACACGUGCCAUAUGUCCUCGACCACGCCAUCGAUUCUGCCCCCGCCCCCUCCCCCGCCAGCUUCGCUAGAGGCGGCUCACGUCGCGACCACGCAGCCAAUUUCGGCAUCCGCCCCGGUCCCGCCAAGCAGAUGGCUGCCGCUGGACUUCGGCAUGGGCAGCGCGGGUGGAAGCAGAAACAUGGCGAUCGGGGGCAGCGGGAGCGGGAGCGGGAGCGGCAGCGAGGCGGGUCCUUCUACCGGCGGAAGUAGACGUGGUAAGGAAGUUGAGUAUCCACUAGUGGCAGAUUUGGCCGAUGUAAUGUUCAAUUCUGGCAGCAGCAGUACCAACAGCAUGGACUUCAUCUUCCCAGCUUCCAAGGAAGAUAAAAAGGACGAAGAUAAUGGAAAAGAUUGAUGAGCACCGAGAAGACAAGGGAAGUAGUUGCUUAGAUGACAUUUUUUUUCUGGUGACAUUCUGAAUAAUUGCUUUUAAUCGAUGAAUUGUGCAUUCAUAAUUGGCAUUUUCCAUGAUGCCAUCAUAUUGUAAUUUUUUUUAUAAUUCCAGGCACAUUCUUUAGGACCCAAUGUAACAAAACAUUAGGGACUUCGAUUUGUCGCCCAUUUACUAGCUUUUGAUAGUGAGAGGUACAAGGCUUAAAAACUUUUGUACAAUGUGUAGGAAGAGAGUGAUUACCAGAGAGAAGAAGAGAUUGAUAUCAAAGUGAUGUGACGAA